GGGCCGGGCAUGGCGGCAGCGGCGGGGGGCGUGGCGAGCCGCCGGGGUCCCGGGCGGCCCUGCCCCUUCUCCAUAGAGCACAUCCUCUCCAGCCUGCCCGAGCGGAGCCCCCCGGCCCGGGCCGCCUGCCCACCGCAGCCUGCCGGUCGCCAGAGCCCCGCGGAGCCAGAGGAGCCCGGGGCACCCGAGACUGCGCCCUGCGCCUGCUGCUGCUGCUGCGGCCCCCGCGCGGCGCCCUGCGGGCCCCCAGAGGCGGCCGCCGGGCUGGGUGCUCGUCUGGCGUGGCCGCUGAGGCUGGGACCGGCGGUGCCCUUGUCUCUGGGUGCGCCAGCCGGAGGUUCCGGGGCGCUCCCGGGCGCGGUCGGCCCGGGUUCGCAGCGGCGCACGCGGCGCCACCGCACCAUCUUCAACGAGGAUCAGCUGCAGGCGCUCGAGGCGCUUUUCGUGCAGAACCAGUAUCCUGACGUGAGCACGCGCGAGCGCCUGGCCGGCCGCAUCCGCCUUCGCGAGGAGCGCGUGGAGGUCUGGUUCAAGAACCGCCGGGCCAAAUGGCGACACCAGAAGCGCGCGUCGGCUUCCGCGAGGCCCCUGCCCGGCGUCAAAAAGUCCCCCAAGGGGAGCUGCUGCUGACUCUAGGAGCUGCCCCUGGGCUCGGCCACCCUUUUUGGGAUCUUUGGAGUUGGCGCUGAGAGAAGACAGGUCUACCCGAAAAGGAGCUGGGAGAGUACACCCGCCGCCUCCGCCCGUCUCCACAGCCCUUGCUUCCUGCAGCUCGUGCUGGAGGUGGCGCUGGGGACGGGCCCCAGUGCUUGGUGUUCCACGGCAGUGGGAGUGGCGAGUCCCUUGGGGGUGGGCUGGGGCACAGAGCAGCUUCCUCAGCCCCCCACCCACCAAGAGACACUAACUCCACCGCAGGAGGGGAAGCACUCCGUAUCAACACGGGACCCAGAAUCCUCCGCAGUGGAGCGUCUCUCCGCACCCUGGGACAUGCCGGCCUCCCUCUUCUCAAUGUGGACAUUGACCCAACUUGACCUGGCCCGUCCUCCCCCAGCGGGAGGGGUGAUGGGGUUCGUGUCUGUGCAGUCCCGGGGUUGCAGGCUUCCCAGGCCCUGGGCUGGGUCUUGGUAUCUGGACCUGUAGAAUAAGAAGGUCGCAGGAGCGAUUCCAGGAGCCCCUCCCCAGUCCCUUCACCUUCGAGCCUCGCGCUGAUACUGAGAAACAAGCAACCUCAGAUACCACAGAAGCCGCCCAGAGUCUCAAGUCCACCUUGGCUCCACUCCCACACCCAACAAGGAGCUGUCCUCCUCUUUCCUUCCCAGCGAGGGGGUAUUUAGGGUACAGCUGUCUUUGAGAGGAGCACAGCUCAGCGAGGCCUCAGUCUCUGCACCAGGGUGCUCCCCAGCAGAGGGGACUGCUCCGCGGAUGGUGGCCUUGGACCCCUGGGGUCCAGCCCUGGCCUCUAGGCUACUGUGAACCUGCCCUUGGGUUGGGGGUCCCCUGCUUCCUCCUGGGGUUUUCAUGCUGUGGGGUUGGUCUCCCUCACAGCAAUCUGUGCCAUCCUAGGGUAGGGCAAGAGGAGGUUGGAUUGGGGAGACUCCGCCCCUGCUGCCUGGGAAGAUGCCUGCCCUCCCCUUCUUUAUCCUGGCCCAUGGCAAAAAGCACAGUGGAAAGAAGCCUUAGAUUCCCCAAGUAGGCCCUACAGUGGGUCCAAAGCAUCUCACAUCCCCUUCAGCUGGCUUGAGCACCUCGUUCUGUCUCCUUACAGGCGAUGCAGGGAAUGGGGUCAUUCUACCUGCAAGAGAUGAAGUCCAUCUCUAAAAGGAGGACUGCAGAAGCCAGGGCUGCAGCUCCCCAGACACCCCAAGGCUGGCCAGCUUGGAUAACACCAAGCAAGCAUGGUGUCCCCAGUCAGAACUGCCCUGACACUGCUGGGUGUCCCUAGCAUCCCCGCCUCCACCCAUAGCGUGCAUACUGCUGGUUGUCACAAAACCCUUCUCCCUGAACCCUGGUCUUGCCCUUGGGGACUGAACAGACUGCCUGUGGACAUGCCCGUGUCCCGGUCAGCUCCCUUGCAGAUGGGGACACUCAUCUCGCGGGCUCCAGGCCCCUUGCGUUCCUUGGUUGAAUGGCCAUCUGUCAUUGUGUCGGGAGCCCCGAUCAGAGCUUGUGGAGCGCCACCUUCCAGGGCUCAGUGGCUGUGUUGCUCUCCUGAAUUUGCUCCUUCAGCUCUAGCUGCUCCUUGGCAGGCUGACCCCCCCAGAGCAGGCUGUUAACAUAGGCAUCCUUCAGCCUCACACCCAGGCGCUGGCUUCUCAUCUUCACCCUCUUCCCGGUUUAUCUUUUACCCUCAGACUCCAAUUCCCAUCUUUCUGCCACAUUUACAUCUCAAGCCAGGCACUUCCCCUGAGCCAGGUAUUUAUCUCCAGCUGUCCCCUUGAAGCCCACAGACUCCUUAAGGUCACCUUGUCCACAGUGAGCUCUUCUGUGCAAACCAGGCACAUGAGCCAGAGAACUAGCCGCCCACCCGAAACUGGUCCCCGGACCCUGAUCAUCCACUGUACCCAGGCUGACAGGAAGUCAGUUUUACUGUUUAUCAAUAAAUCAAUAAAUCCCAGAAUCUCUCCA